AUGGUGCAGAAAUCUCUCAACGGCGGGGCGUACCCAACUCAAGCCGGAGAGAAGAAGCACAAAGUCGGGUUCGUUGGCCUGGACCCCGGGGCUCCCGAGUCCAGCAGGGACGGCGCGCUGCUGAUCGAGGGCUCGGGCAGCACCAAGCGGGGCAGCAUCCUCUGCAGGCGCAGGUCCAGCCUCUCCGCAGGAAGACCCCGGCCGUCGAAGAAACAUGCCAGCUACCGGAAACUGCAGAAUUUCCUCUACAACGCGCUGGAGAGACCGCGGGGAUGGGCGUUCAUCUACCACGCUUAUGUGUUCCUCCUGGUCUUCUCCUGUCUCAUCCUCUCUGUCUUUGCAACAAUCAAAGAGUUCAAAAACAGCUCAGAGAGUGCCUUGUACAUACUGGAAAUUGUGACCAUCGUGGUGUUUGGUGUGGAGUACAUCGUGAGGAUAUGGGCGGCCGGCUGCUGCUGUCGAUACAGAGGAUGGAGUGGGAGGCUGAAAUUUGCCAGAAAGCCUUUCUGUGUCAUAGACAUCAUGGUGCUGAUCGCCUCAGUGUCGGUUCUGGCAGCUGGAUCGCAGGGCAAUGUUUUUGCCACCUCAGCCAUCAGGAGCUUGAGGUUCCUGCAGAUCCUGCGCAUGCUGCGUAUGGAUCGACGAGGAGGCACCUGGAAGCUGCUCGGGUCUGUCGUCUACGCCCACAGCAAGGAGCUCAUCACGGCGUGGUACAUCGGCUUCCUGUGUCUGAUCCUGGCCUCGUUCCUCGUCUACUCAGUGGAGAAGGAGUUAAAUAAUGAAUUUGAGACGUACGCUGAUGCUCUCUGGUGGGGACUGAUCACUCUCACCACCAUAGGUUAUGGUGAUAAGGUUCCCAGGACCUGGUACGGUCGCCUGCUGGCCGCCACGUUCAGCAUGAUCGGGGUGGCCUUCUUCGCCCUUCCUGCUGGCAUCCUGGGCUCCGGCUUUGCCCUCAAAGUCCAGGAGCAGCACAGGCAAAAACAUUUUCAGAAGAGACGCAGCCCUGCAGCUGGCCUCAUCCAGGCUGCUUGGAGGUUUUAUGCUACCAACCUGUCCCGCACAGAUCUGUUUUGCACAUGGGACUUUUAUGAGGAGACUGUAGCUAUUCCAAUGUACAGACUCAUUCCACCCCUGAAUCAACUGGACCUGCUGAGGAACCUGAAGGGCAAGUCAUUCAGGAAAGAUUCUCAGGCAGAAACCUCCCCAAGUCGGAAGGCCAGCCUGAAGGACAAGGUGUUUCCCAGUCCGUCCAAGGGAUCCAUGGGCAAGGGAAAGGGCCAGUCUGAAGGGGCAGAGGAGGGGGCUGAGGGAAGUCCCAGCAAGGUCUCCAAGACCUGGAGCUUCACUGAGAAGAACCGAGGGCCCAUGCACAGCCUCAGGAGCCGGGGCAGCGCUUCACGCCAAAACUCAGAAGUGCUGAUUGAAAUGCAGGAUGAAGACUUUGGACUGAAGCGUUCUUCAGCAAUUGAAGGUUUAAUAAAGGCGAGCCUCCCAGGAGAGGAAAUGGCUGACGACAAGAGCUGCAACUGUGAAUUUGCCACCCAGGAAUUACCUCCAGGGUUGAAGGUUACAAUACGGGCAAUCUGCAUCAUGAAGUUCCUGGUGUCAAAGAGGAGGUUUAAAGAGAGCCUGCGGCCUUAUGAUGUCAUGGAUGUGAUCGAACAGUACUCUGCAGGUCACCUGGACAUGCUUUGUCGCAUUAAGAACCUGCAGUCCAGGAUAGAUAUGAUUGUGGGCCCCCCUGCCCCUUCAACACCACGCCAUAAGAAGUCCACUGAAGGUCCUAGAGUUGACAUGAUAGUUGGCAAAGGUCCUAAAGCUGAUGGAGACGCUGCAGAGGACCAGAGCAUGAAUGGACGUCUGGUCAAAGUGGAGAAACAGAUGACCGGUAUGGACAGGAAACUUGAUUUCCUGGUCAACGUGUAUGUGCAGCGCAUGGGUAUCCCUCGUUCUGAAACAGACGCCUUCUUCAACUCCAAAGAGCCGUAUCCAGCUCCGCCUUACCACAGCCCAGAGGAGAGCAAGAUGGAGAAGGAGGUGAAGGAAGAAAAGGAGGUGAAAACCUGCUCCCCUGCAGAUGUCCCAUGCUCUGAUGGGUCCUCUGAAAAGAAAGAUCCUUUACUGGGUCAGUCUGUGGCCUGGUCGGUGGGUACUCCCUCUGGCAGCCUCAGCCGCCCCUCUACCUCUUGGCAGCACCAAAUGCAGCACCCCCUCAGCCAGCCUGCCUGGAACAGCAGCGUGGCCAACACGCCAUCACCGGUCGGAGGCAGCGGCGAGCGCUCGCCCAACCCGUUCCGCCUCCCGCCUCCUCCUCCUGCUCUGGUCCAUGACCGCUCGUCAUCUGGUCCGGGGGGCAACAGCAGAGAGAGCUGCUCCAAGAACAGGAGGCGCCACAGGAGGCAGAGGUGUCAGCAGGAUGCCAUAGCUGUGGAGAGCGACACGUCUCUCUCCAUCCCGUCCGUUGACCACGAGGAGCUGGAGCGCUCCUUCAGUGGCUUCAGCAUCUCCCAGGCCAAGGAGGACUUCUUUGGGCCUCCCUUCUUCACAGGCUCAGGAGGGGGAGCGGGAGCAGGGACUGAAGCCGGACCUGGAACUUCUCUCUGUGCCAGAGUCAGACCCUUCAUAGCAGAGGGGGAAUCAGACACAGACUCCGACCUGUACGCCCCCUCACCUCUGUCCUUCACUGGAGAGGUCUCAUGUGUAGAGAGAGGGUGGCCAGGACUGAAGUAG